AAGUAGACGACGACGUGGGGGGGGGGGUGGGGAGUACGCAUACAAGAUUACAAAUCCGGAUUUUCAGUUACUCUUGCCGAGACAUAUUUUCAUGUAACAUCGUCACAAACUUGCCGUUAAAUGUGAGUUAGCUUUUCCCACCAUGUCUAGAAUUAGGUGGCCCAAGCGUUCAAGGCCAGGGGCAUGUCCAGGCCAGAGUGAACCUCCCCAGGGUCAAGGCAUCCAUGUUUUCCUCUUCUGGACAAAGGAAGGGGAGAGAUAUUUGUCCAACACAAGUGGAGAGGUCACAGCAGAGGAGCUGUGCAUCUCAGCUGCUGAGGCUGUAGGGAUAACACCGCUGUGCCAUGUGUUGUUUGCUCUCUACAACCCACAAUCACACUUAUGGUACAGUCCAAACCAUAUUUUCAGUCUGGAGGAGAACUCCAGCCUAGUACUUCACUAUUGUAUGAGGUUUUACUUCCGGAAUUGGCACGGACUAAAUGAGGAGCAGCCAACUGUGUCCCGUUAUCGUCUCAGAUCUGGGACAGAUCAGGGGGGUUCCCCUCUGCUUGAAAUCACAUCCUUGGAGUAUUUAUUCUCUCAGGCCAAAUACGAAUUUGUGAAUGAAGUAGUGCAGAUGGAAGACGUUCAGUCGGAGGAGGAGCUAAGUCGCUUCAAAAAUGAGAGCUUGGGGAUGGCUGUGCUUCACCUCUCACACCAAGCAAUGCAGACAGGCUGUACCUUACAAGACGUUGCCGAGAAAGUCAGCUUCCUAGGCUGCAUUCCAAGGUCUUUCUCCAAACACAUUUCCAAAGACAACUUCCUGACUAAAAUCAGGAUCCAACGGGUGUUUGCAGACUUUGUGCGGACCUUCCAGCAGCACACUGUGGAUAAGGGCCGGCUGGGCACCCAGGAGAUCAUGUAUAAGUACAUCUCUACUCUCGAACACUUGGCCCCACGUUUUGGCACAGAGACCUUCCCUGUAUCCCACCUGGAGCUGAGGCAGGAUGGGGAUGGAAGUAGCCCUUACUCCAACACCACCCAUGCACAGGGUGUCUCAAAAGACAACUUCACAGCUCCCGCCACACAUGAAAUAAUGGUGUCUGGCACCAAGGGGAUUCAAUGGAGGAAGGUGUCCGUUCAGAAGGCGCAGGCAAACACGUACCUCAGGAAUGACCACAUGACCUACAUGAGGAAAACAAAACACCAGCCCAGCCAGCCAAAUGUGAACACUCCCAACAAGCUGACCACCUUCUGUGAUUUCCCUGAAAUAACUCACAUAGCCAUUACUGGAGCUAAUGUGUGCAUUAGCACUCAGGACAAUCACUGCAUGGAGGUUCAGAUGAACUCAAGCCAGGAGGCCCAUUCCUUCAUCUCCCUCCUGGAUGGAUACUACCGGCUGACUGCAGACGCCCACCACUAUCUUUGUCAUGAAGUGGCUCCCCCAAGGGUAGUGCUAAGUGAAGCAAAUGGACUCCAUGGGCCUAUGCACGAUGAUUUUGUGCUGCUGAAGCUGAAAAAGGAGGCAGCAGAGGAGGGAGCUUUCCUUGUACGUUGGAGUGCUCUUGACUAUCGCCGCAUCAUCCUAGCAGUGCUAAACAAAAAUAAUAAUGGAUCGACGCCAAGCCACAAGCAGUUUCGGAUUCAGCAGCAGGGUUCAGUGUUCUGUCUGGAGGGCUGGGACCGAGAAUUCUCCAGUGUGAAGGAGCUCACAGACAGCCUCAAGACCUUUGUACUCAAGUCUGGAUCAGACAGCUUUACUGUCAAAAAGUGCUGUUUGCCAAGACAAGCAGAGCAAUCUAACCUUCUGGUGAUGAGGCAAGGUGUCGAUCACCAAGAUCACACUGACUCCUUGUCCCUGAACAUGACCCAGCUACGCUUCCACCAGAUUAAGGACAGAGAGAUUGUACAGGAACAGCAUCUGGGCCGUGGGACCAGAACUAACAUCUAUUCAGGCCGUCUUCUGGUGCGGGGGCAAGGAGACGACGAUGAUGACGAGUUCAAUAACAACUUCGCUGACCGCAAAGGGAUCCGAGUGGUUCUCAAGAUUCUAGACCAAAGCCAUAAAGAUAUUGCACUAGCAUUUUUUGAAACUGCAAGUCUCAUGAGCCAGGUGUCCCACAGUCAUCUGGUGUUUGUGCACGGUGUGUCUGUCAAAGGAUCUGAAAACAUUAUGGUGGAAGAAUUUGUGGAGUUUGGGCCUUUGGAUGUUUUCCUUCGCAGAGAAAAGGCAUCAGUGACUCCUCAGUGGAAAUUUAUUGUCGCAAAACAGCUCGCCAGUGCACUCAGCUAUCUUGAGACCAAACGGCUGGUUCAUGGAAAUGUCUGUGCCAAGAACAUUCUGGUGGCAAGGCGAGGCCUUGAGCAUGGUACUAUUCCUUUUAUCAAGCUGAGUGACCCAGGAAUUGCCCUGAGUGUGCUUUCACGGGAAGAGCGUCUUGAGCGUAUCCCGUGGAUUGCCCCCGAGUGUGUCGACAGCGGUGCACCAAUCGGCAAUGCAGCUGAUCAGUGGAGCUUUGGUGUCACACUGCUCGAAAUCUGCAACAACGGCGAUGUUCCCAUGAGUGGCAGUGCAUUGUCAAAGAAAGAGCGCUUCUAUCAGCAAAAGGGCCGCUUAGCUGAACCAUCCUCCCAGGAACUGGCCAGCUUCAUCAGCAUGUGUUUGACCUACGAGCCUGUGGAGAGGCCUUCGUUCCGCACUGUGCUCAGAGAGCUCACAGAAAUCAUGAUCAAAAAUCCUGAUAUAUCUCCCAGCGAAACUCUCCCUGACACGGACCCUAGCGUGUUCCAUAAACGCUAUCUGAAAGAGAUUCGGGACUUGGGAGAGGGUCACUUUGGAAAGGUGACUCUCUACCUGUAUGACCCAGCCAACGAUGGGACUGGAGAGCGCGUGGCAGUGAAGGCUUUGAAACAAGAGAAUGGUCAUGUGCCUGAUGGCUGGAUGAAGGAGAUUGAGAUCCUGAAGUCUCUUUAUCACAGCAACAUUGUCAAGUACAAGGGCUGUUGUACAGAACUGGGAGGACAAGUGGUGCAGCUAAUAAUGGAGUACCUUCCUCUGGGGAGUCUGCGAGAGUACCUUCCCAAGCGUAAACUGGGUAUGCCCCAGUGCCUCAUGUUUGCUCAGCAGAUCUGUCAGGGGAUGGAGUACUUACACUCAAAACGAUACAUCCAUCGAGACCUAGCUGCCCGUAACGUCUUAGUGGAAAAUGACGGUUUGGUGAAGAUUGGAGACUUUGGCCUGACGAAAUACAUCCCUGAAGGCGAAAUCUACUAUCGUGUCCGUGAGGAUGGGGACAGUCCGGUGUUCUGGUAUGCCAUUGAAUGCCUGAAGGAGAGUAAAUUUUCCUUUUCGUCUGACAUUUGGUCUUUUGGUGUUACUUUGUAUGAGAUCCUUACCCGCUGUGACCAACGCCAAAGCCCUCCAACUAAGUUCUUUGAAAUGAUGGAGGCAACCCAAGGGCAGAUGACUGUGUUGGUACUCAUUAAACUGUUGGAGAAACAGCUGCGAUUGCCUUGUCCCAAAGAAUGCCCACAUGAGGUGAAAAUGUUGAUGGAACAGUGUUGGGCUGCAGAGCCCGCACAACGGCCAUCAUUCAGAUCCCUCAUUGAAAAGUUGGAUGCUAUUCGACGAACAUAUGACUGGCAGUCAAGUAUAAACUUUUCCCUGGCUCAGAUUUGCUGAUGAACUCAUUGAAGAUCUUCUUGUCUACAUUUCAUCACUCUGUCACUAUGGCAACCAUAUAUUACAGGAUAGCCACUAGUGUGUUGCCACCUCCAUUUACAUUUAUGUCUUUAUAGGCUUCUUUUUGAUAAAAGCACACUGCUAUCCUCUCAUAUGUGAUAAUAACAUCAUAAUAAACUCAAUGGAUGUUUAUGUAUUUACUUCCUGCUUGAUGAGCUGGACUUCAUAGGGAAAGGCGAUGGUUUUUGGUAGUCAGCUUUUGUCUAUAAAAACUUAUAAGUUUGCAUCUAUCACAGUAAGUAUUAAAAAAGGUCUGUAAGGUAAAAAGAUUACUAUCUGUCAUUAUAUGUUUAAUUUCUGUACAUUUUUCAGUGUAUGUUAACUUUACAUUUUAUUUUGUAUAAACUAAAAGAACAAAUUCAAAAUCUAAUAAACCAUUUUUCACGUCCUUUCUUUAAAGACUGAAACAGACCG